CUUGAGUACGUGCCAGGCUGCAUGGUACGUACCACCGCCACUCUUCCCCUGUGUUGUCGUUUAUUCUUCACCUGCUCAUGUGCGCUAACUCGUGUUUAAAGGGCUUCAGGAGCUGAGGCGAGCGGCUCGGUCACAGUGUGUCUGUGGUGAGAACAAACCCAGUAGAAGUAUGUAAUAUGCACCCUUACAAACUGUCAGCUAACUGCUAGCUACUUUUAGCCUUUGAAGCUCAGCUGGUAACGCAAUGCUGGCCUCUAACCUACCAAAUACGGGUUGAAUGUAUGGUAACUAGUUCAACAGCAAGUUAGCGGUGCUUCAUACUGUGUUGCCGCGUGCUUCAAGAAACACCUGUAAAGUGAAGUUAUAACUGGGUCACCAGCAGCGAGGGGAGAGCCUGGUGACCUUCCCUGACAGCUGGGUGUGUGUCCGACUUCAUGGCUGUGAAUGGACUAUAACUACAUCUGGCCAGAACACUGACAGAACCCAAUAUGUCAGCGGUACCCAACACGACCCUCACUCGACACCUGUAAUUAGAGUUACGUUGAAGUUUCUGGUCGUGGGUUCACUUGUAGAAAUGGCUCGCCGCGCAGCGGUAAAUGUGUGGUGCCUUGGGAGUCGAGCUGUCAGCCUGCUGUAUGGAAGCUCAUUUCGUCCCCUCCACACCUCAGUCUGCAACGCUUCAUCAAAGCCCAAAGCUGGAUUCAAGCCGGAGAAAGUGGCAGUGGUUACAAAGACGACGCGAUAUGAGUUUGAGCAGCAGCGGUAUCGCUAUGCAGGGCUCUCUGAAGAAGACUUGAAACAGCUGCUUGCUAUGAAGGGUUCCAGCUACAGCGGCCUUCUGGAAAGGCACAAUAUUCACACCAACAAUGUGGAGCACAUUGUGAAGAGCCUGCGGAAAGAAGGUAUUGAUGUACGAGUAGUCAAGAGAGGAGAAUACAAUGAGGAGGUAGUGCGAUGGGCAAAUGCCAUCAUCUCUGCUGGAGGUGAUGGAACAAUGCUACUUGUUGCCAGUAAGGUUUUAAGCAAGGACAAACCAGUUGUUGGAGUAAACACAGACCCUGAGAGGUCAGAAGGUCAUCUGUGCCUGCCUGUGCGGUACACUCGUGCCUUUCCAGAGGCACUGGACAAACUCUGCCGUGGUGAGUUCAGGUGGCUGUGGCGUCAGAGAAUCCGUCUGCACUUAGAGGGCACAGGAAUAAAUCCCACUCCUGUGGACCUGCACGAACAGCAGCUAAGCCUGGAGCAGCACAGCCAAGCUCACCGCAUCACCACCAUGGACAGCCAGCGACGAACAGGUAACCUGCAGGAGAGUUUUACCAAGCCUAGCCUCCUCCCUAUUAGAAGCUUGAAUGAAAUCUUCAUCGGAGAAUCCCUGUCUUCCAGGGUGAAGUUAAAAUCCUUCAAUCCCCAUGUUAAACUCUUGCUCCAUAGGGCUUCCUACUACGAGAUCUCAGUGGAUGAUGGCCCUUGGGAAAAGCAGAAGAGUUCAGGACUCAGCAUUUGCACAGGAACGGGAUCCAAAGCCUGGUCAUACAACAUCAACAAACUUGCUGAACAAGCUGUGGAAGAGGUUCUUAAAAUUGGAAAGUCCCAGUCUGGUCUUGACAUCCCACUUAACCAAGAAUUUAUUGAGAAGGUUACAGAAAAAUACAACGAGUCUCUGGUGUUCAGUCCAGACGACAGCCGCUUGUUCUACAGCAUCAGGGAGCCCAUCGUCAACAGAGUGUUCUCCAGCAGUCGGCAGAGAGGCUUUGCCAGCAAGGUGUGUGUCCGCUCUCGGUGUUGGGAUGCCUGCAUGGUGGUGGACGGCGGGACCUCCUUUGAGUUUAAUGACGGUGCCAUUGCCACUAUCAGUAUGAGCGAGGAGGACCAGCUCCGGACAGUCGUUCUGGACAACUGAAGCGAAUUAACACCUGACUGGUUUCUCUCGGGGGCAAAAGUGUUCAAAAGGAUGUGGUCAAAGGGAAGCCCCUGCUUUUAGCCUCCACAAGGGGUAAUUUUUAUACCUGGCAAAAGGUAUUAUUGUUGCUUUUGUUAUUAACUUUGUGUUUGUUUUUUCCUCAAAAUCAUUUUUUUCCAAUUUUGAUUUUUUUCCUUUUGCAUUUUCUUGCUAUGCCACUAUUUGCCACUAGGCUAUACCAGGUUAAAAUCCAUUUUGUAGAUGCUGUGUUAGACAAAAUGUGCCACCAGAAACCCAUCAUCGCAUCAAGUUCACACUGAGCAUUUAAGCGAGGGCAGAGAUAACAGAUCAGUUAUUCAGAGGGCUUGUGGUAACAGAAGGCAGAUUGAUUGAUUGUUGUAAAUAUGUAUCUAUUUCACAUUUUGGUUGGAGCGGCGACUCAUCAUCCUGUCAAUCAGCUCAUACAAGCCUGGGUGAUGAUGCGUGUCCGUUUAUGCACUAGCGGUUGUAGUCGCAAAAGAUGUUAUCUUUCGACUAGAAGUCUUCCUGAAUGGCACUAAAACUUCCUAACUAGGAGUUAGACUUAAUAACUCUACCCGACGCUCCUGACCAGCGCCUCUAAUUAAAGAACAGAGAGAAAUAAGAUUUGCUGACAAGUGAACGGUCUGUCCGAGAGUUAAGAUUUUAUGGUUGUUUAUUAAACUGUUGGACGGAUUUAAAGAGCAUUUUUGGUUUGAUGAAUAAUUGUGUGCCAACUGAAAUAUUUCUGUUUAAUCAGGGUGCAAACUGUAUUUUUCCCAUGACGUGUAGCAGAGUUUAAACUGUGACCUCCUGUGUUGUUGAGUUAUUUCAACUUGUCAGUAAGCUGACUCAGUCCUGACAAAACAAGACUCACUACUUGCAGCACAUCACCAUGAGCAGGUCUUAGUACAGAAGUCCACUGCUGCCACUAACUUCACUCAGUCAGAUUUUGGAGCUACUUUUAGCAGUAAAAGGCCUUUUUUAUUGUCAUACCAAAAUGUAAAGUUUGGACCAACAGGAUGAUUUUAGAAGUUUCUCCUGUCUCAGCUACGUAGAAGCUACUUGCAGCCUGAGGAUGUUUGUGAAUAUGAUCCCAGAUUGUGAUGUGGUUUCACACCAGUGGUUCCACUGGUUAAUGACUCUUGGACAGGAUUGAAGUUCUUCUAUAUUUAUUUAUUUAUUUAUUUUUGUUGUCAACCAAUCCAAAUGACUCUGGCUAUGUCUGUCGAUCUUAGCCUCAAGUAGAGCUCACAGUUAUAGUGAGUUCCUGAAACAGCUGGUCCUUGUUUUAUCAAACGUUACUUGAAAAGGAAGAGGAAGUCCAUUUACUGGGGACUCUUCAUAGCGGUGGAUUAAUCUGCACUCGGUGCUAUAGUGAGUAUUUGUGGCAGCAGGAUGGUGUAUGUGGGACUGAGUCAAAGUACAGUGUGUGUGUUUAUGGUGUUGAACAUUCACUGGCAUAUUUUAACAGUUUGUGGACACGCCUUUGAUAAACACAGUACUAGUUAGCGAGAUACAAUUAUUGUCGCUUUGGGUCAGCACAUGGGAUUCGUUAAGACUGAAAAUAAAAUCUAAACUGUCAGCAGCCUUUGUGCUGAAAGUAUAACGUAAAUGUAUAUGGGUGAACAGAAAGCACAGCCGCUGUUACAGCUUGUUGUUUGAGUAUAGAUAUUUUUGGAACAAAGCUUAUAUUUUUUCUAGCUGCUUGAGCCAUGCAAUAAUUACAAUUUUCGGGGUGCAAAAAAUAUGGUUGGACUGAAAAUAAUUAAGUGCACUAAAGCAAGAACUCCAUGUUUGAAAGAGCAUUUUGCUCCAUGUUUUUAGGUCAAAGGUGUGUCUUGUCUUGUCACAAGACAGGAAAGUGAGCUGUGGAGGUGCUGCUGAAAUAGCAGCAUGUGCCUGAGGCAGACAUGCCAAACUGCAGAGUUUAAACUGUCUCUGAUCGAACCAGAAUUUUUUCGCCUGUAACAACACCAAAAAUUUGAACAAUGCUGUUCGCAGAUUCUGAAAUGAAAGAGAGGACACAGAUUGAUGAGCAGGGGAGGGGGAUGCGAUGAUUUGAGCAGAUCUCUUGUACACUAUUAUAAUUCCACUUCAUCUCCCCCUGGCCUAGAUGUGGAGCCAGAGGUGUCCUUUUGGGGGACUUUAUAUUACAAACUGAUUAGGACAUUGUAUUGUAUGCAGCGUGCCAAAGGCAAUCAUGGAAACACUGUCACUGUGUUAGGAUGUUUUGUUUGGAACUGGAUAAAGUUGGUAUGAAACAAAUGCAUCUAUGUACUUCUUUAACCUGAUAAUACUGCAUCUUCAAUUGAUUUAUCACUCAAUGGGCUGUUCAAUGUAUUAUGAGUUGCCAAAUGGUUGUAAAACAGUUGAAAGGGAAGUUCUUUGAUUUUCCAGAUUAUUGACGAGCUUAACUUUAAACAGAUAUACAAUCAGUGUUUUCAUGAAAUGAUCUUCACCUCUAUAGUAUUGUGAUGUAGACAAAAUAAAGUGGUUCAAA